AUGGCAUACGCACAGUGGGUCGUAAUCCAUAUCAUCAACAGUUUCCGGUCAGGAAACCUCAGCCUCAAAGAUGCUCAAGCCAUGUGGGGCAAAUUUCACAGGAACGGCAACAAAGACGCCGAAAUAAGCGCUAGCGAGGUCAACAAGCUGAGCAUCAGCGCGGGGGAAUCCAUCAAAAUCUCUUCAUGUGGACGCUCUGACUCUGCAUCCGGCACCGAGGGUAAAGUUGGCGUCUAUGACGGCGACACUCGAGUCUGCACCAUUUACUGGUCUUGCCCCUGGGGUUCCAAGUCGAACAACUUCCAGAUUCAGGACCGCAACAAGGAUUACGGUAUUACACUUGGCGAUUGGAACCAGGACUCUGGUUCGCUCGGAGAGGUGGAUGUUGAUAUCUCUAGGAAGGGCUAG